ACACACACACACACACACACACAAACACAAACACAAGUACACUAAAAACCCUUGUUCGAGUUCGAGGGUUUUCCAGAAGAAAAAUCACCUUUUCUUCUUCUUCUUCACUGCAUUUCGCUCUCAAAUACCAAAUCUCGCGAAUCUGGUAACUUCAGAUCGGAAUCCAAUAUGCAUGCCCCAGUCCUCGUACUGAAAGAUACAUUGAAGCGGGAGUCUGGAAGCAAGGUGCAACAUGCCAAUAUUCAAGCAUCCAAGGCUGUUGCAGAUAUUAUACGUACUACUUUAGGUCCGCGGUCAAUGUUGAAGAUGCUCCUUGAUGCUUCUGGAGGGAUUGUAGUGACAAAUGAUGGAAAUGCUAUUCUACGUGAGCUAGAUGUCGCACACCCAGCAGCUAAGUCAAUGAUUGAACUAAGCCGAACUCAGGAUGAGGAGGUGGGAGAUGGGACAACAUCCGUGAUUGUCCUCGCUGGUGAAAUGCUCCAUGUUGCUGAAGCCUUCAUUGACAAGAAAUAUCACCCCACGGUCAUUUGUCGAGCUUAUGGUAAAGCUCUGGAAGAUGCAGUCGCUGUACUUGACAAAAUUGCUAUGACUGUGGAUAUAAAUGAUCAUGCAACAAUGUUAGGGCUUGUCAAGAGUUGUAUUGGCACAAAGUUUACCAGUCAAUUUGGCGAUUUGAUUGCUAACUUGGCAAUAGAUGCCACAACCACAGCAGGUGUUGAUGUUGGCCAAGGAUUGCGUGAGGUGGAUAUCAAGAAGUACAUCAAGGUAGAGAAGAUUCCCGGUGGUCAAUUGGAAGACUCGAAAGUCUUAAAAGGAGUCAUGUUCAACAAGGACGUUGUUGCCCCUGGCAAAAUGAAAAGAAAAAUACUAAAUCCAAGAAUUAUGCUUCUUGAUUGUCCUCUCGAGUACAAGAAAGGUGAGAACCAAACCAACGCUGAAUUGUUGAGGGAGGAAGACUGGAGUGUCUUACUGAAAAUGGAAGAGGAGUACAUAGAGAACCUAUGUGCGCAGAUAUUGAAGUUCAAACCGGAUUUAGUGAUAACUGAAAAGGGGCUCAGUGAUCUAGCUUGCCAUUAUUUUAGCAAGGCUGGUGUCAGUGCAAUCAGAAGGCUGAGAAAGACGGAUAAUAACAGAAUUGCCAGAGCUUGUGGGGCAGUUAUUGUUAACAGGCCCGAUGAAUUGCAGGAAUCUGAUAUCGGUACAGGCGCUGGACUGUUUGAGGUGAGGAAAAUUGGUGAUGAGUUCUUUGCAUUCAUUGUGGACUGUAAAGAUCCAAAAGCAUGCACUGUCCUUCUAAGGGGUGCCAGCAAGGACCUGUUGAAUGAAGUGGAGAGAAAUUUGCAGGAUGCAAUGGCUGUGGCAAGAAACAUAAUUAAAAACCCGAAACUUGUUCCUGGUGGUGGUGCGACAGAACUGACUGUAUCUGCUAUGUUGAAGCAAAAGAGCUCAUCCAUUGAAGGCGUAGAGAAGUGGCCAUAUGAAGCUGCUGCAAUGGCAUUCGAAGCUAUACCAAGAACUUUGGCUCAGAACUGUGGUGUCAAUGUGAUUCGGAUCAUGACUGCCUUACAAGGAAAGCAUGCAAACGGUGAGAAUGCGUGGAUCGGAAUCGACGGUAACACUGGUGAAAUCACUGAUAUGAAAGAGCGCAAGAUAUGGGAUUCAUACACUGUGAAGGCGCAAGCAUUCAAGACAGCCAUUGAAGCUGCGUGCAUGCUGUUGAGAAUCGAUGAUAUAGUGAGUGGGAUAAAGAAGAAGCAGGCUGGAGCAGGUGGGCCAUCGAAGCCUACAAUCGAGGAAGAAGGCAAUGCAGACAACGAGAAUAUGAUUCCCGAGUGAGAGAUACCAAGUGGAUUAUUGCAUGCAAUCUCUGAUCUGUAAAUGAAAUUAAAAAUUGGUUCUUUAAAAAAAACAAGUUUAGCAGUGUUGUGCUUUUUCGGCUGGAUGUGCCGUUUCAUUUCCCCUGAUCCGAGUUGCAGGUUGAGUUUUGUAGUCUGUUGUUUCUUCCUUCCUUAAUUAACUAGGGUUUCUUGCCACUUGACGUAAUUUUUGUGGUUUUGUUCGACUUUUUUUUGCGUGUCUCUUGUACUAAACUAAGAUUUGUCAAUUUUCCCCUUUA